GAGGAGGGGCCGUGACACUAGCUAGAUCCAUCGUUUGGAUCUUUGAACUUUUCUUGAAUUAAACAUCUCUCUAAAAAAUGACCCUAGAGCUGUCCAGUCCCUCAGUGUGUAUGAGGGACCCUCAGAGGGUGGAAGAGAUCAUCAAGGCCAUGCAGAAGGCUGGCACCAGCACGAUUCAGGUGAUUUCAGACUUCGACAUGACCCUCACACGGUUUGCCUACAAUGGGAAGCAGUGCCCACCCAGUCACAAUAUCCUGAACAACAGCAGGCUCAUCAGUGAGGAGUGCAAAGCACAGCUGAAGGACCUGCUCAACACAUAUUACCCCAUAGAGAUCGAUUCCAAACGGACAGCGGAGGAGAAGCUGCCACUCAUGGGGGAGUGGUGGACUAAAGCCCAUACUCUUCUGGUGCAGCAGCGCAUCAGGAAAGACCUGCUGCAGGAUGUGGUGAAGGAGUCCGAUGCUAUGCUCAGGGAGCUCUACCAGCUGUUCUUUGACCACAUGCAGGAGCACAGCAUCCCUCUGCUCAUCUUCUCUGCUGGGCUAGGAGACGUGCUGGGGGAGUGUUGAACCAAUCAAAAUAUAGUUUGUAUUUCAGGUUCUUCGGGGUGGCCGCCAUUUGCCUUGAUGACAGCUUUGCGCGCUCUUGAUAUUCUCUCAACCAGCUUCACCUGGAAUGCUUUUCCAACGGUCUUGAAGGAGUUCCCACAUAUGCUGAGCACUUCUUGGCUGCUUUUCCUUUACUCUGCGGUCCAACUCAUCCCAAACCAUCUCAAUUGGGUUGAGAUCGGGUGAUUGUGGAGGCCAGAUCAUCUGAUGCAGCCUGGAGGUGUGUUGGGUCAUUGUCCUGUUGAAAAAUAAAUGAUUGUCCAGCAGAGUGUAAACCAGAUGGGAUGGCGUAUCGCUGCAGAAUGCUGUGGUAGCCAUGCUGGUUAAGUGUGCCUUGAAUUUUAAAUAAAUCACAGACAGUGUCACCAGCAAAACACCACCAAACCAUCUCCAUACUUCACGGUGGGAACCACACAUGCAGAGAUCAUCCGUUCACCUACUCUGCAUCUCACAAAGACACAGCAGUUGGAACCAAAAAUCUCAACUUUUAACUCAUCAGACCAAAGGACAGAUUUCCACCGGUCUAAUGUCUAUUGCUUGUGUUUUUUGGCCAAAGCAAAUCUCUUCUUAGUGGUGUCCUUUAGUAGUGUAUCUUUGCAGCAAUUAGACCAUGAAGGCCUGAUUCAUGCGGCCUCUUCUGAACAGUUGAUGUUGAGAUGUCUGUUACUUGAACUCUGUGAAGUAUUUAUUUGGGCUGCCAUUUCUGAGGCUGGUAACUCUAAAGAACUUAGAGGGGGUUUUCCUUUCCUGUGUCGGUCCUCAUGAGAGCCAGUUUCAUCAUAGCUCUUGAUGGUUUUUGCGACUGCACUUGAAGAAACCUUCAGAUUUCUUGAAAUUUUCCGCAUUGACUGACCUCCAUGUCUUAAAGUAAUAAUGUAUUGUCAUUUCUCUUUGAUUAUUUGAGCUUUUCUUGCCAUAAUAUGGACUUAAUUUAAUUUGUAUACCACCCCUACCUUGUCACAACACAACUGAUUGGCUCAAAUGCAUUAAGAAGGAAAGAAAUUCCACAAAUGAACUUUUAACAAGGCACACCUGUUAAUUGAGGUGCAUUCCAGGUGACUACCUCAUGAAGCUGGUUGGGAGAGUGCCAUGAGUGUGCGGGGCUGUCAUCAGGGCAAGGGGUGGCUACUUUGAAGAAUAUCAAAUGUGGAAUAUGUUUUGAUUUGUUCGGCACUUUUUUGGUUGCUGCAUGAUUCCAUCCAUAUGUGUUGUUUCGUGGUUUUGGUGUCUUCCACGGUUGUUCUACAAUGUGGAAGGUAGUACAAGUGGGGAGACACCCUGGGAGUGAGUAGGUGUGUCCAAACUUUUGACUGGUACUGUAUGUAUGCAUGUGGGUGCUGUUGUUUGGAUAUAGAUGUUGUUGUCUUCUCUCUAUAGAUGAAAGUUGAAUGAGUUACGGUUUGUUUGUCAUGUGGGACCUCUCUGUCAUAUGAAGGGAAAGAGGACAGGACAAUCUAAUUUGACUUUUGCCAUGUCAGUUUGAAACGGCAGUGUUUUAUCUUCGUGUUCUAUACACUAUACGCCAUCUUUUUUGUUUUGUGAGACUUUGUUCUCGCCCUUUUUGUUGUUGUUGAGAAGUGUCUAUUCUAUGAGAAUGAUUACAGUAAA